GCGGCGGCGCUGGAUGCGAGGUGACAGCCGCCGCACGCCCGCGAGGUCGGAGCUGCGCGAUCAGAUCGGCGAGCCGCGCUCCGAGCCGAGCCGCCUGCCGCUGCCCCCGCGAUGCUGCCCCGCUGGGCAAAGCAGCCCCCUGGAGCCUCACCCCGAGCCGCGGCCAGGCUGCGGGAGCCGGGCAGAGCCAGCGAGCCCGGGGACUACCGGCUGCCAGCGCUGCUCGUGGAUCCCGACAGGGCGAGCUCGCACAUGAUCUCCGCGGACGAUGCCGAGUACCCGCGCGAGUACCGCACCCUGGGCAACGGCACCCGGCGCUUCUCCAACGUGGGGCUGGUGCACACCUCGGAGCGCCGGCACACCGUGAUCGCCGCCCAGAGCCUGGAGGCGCUCACCGGCCUCCAGAAGACGGAGAUGGAGCGCAAGCGGGACGCCUUCAUGGACCACCUGAAGAGCAAAUACCCGCAGCACGCCCUGGCGCUGCGCGGGCAGCAGGAGCGCCUGCGGGACCAGCAACCCAACUACUGGAGCUUUAAGACCAGGAGCUCCCGGCACUCCCAGGGCUCCCAGCCUGGCCUGGCCGACCAAGCCAAGCUCUCCUUCGCCUCGGCCGAGUCCCUGGAGACCAUGUCGGAGGCGGAGCUGCCGCUGGCCUUCAACAGGAUGAACCGGUUCCGGCAGAGCCUGCCCCUGUCCCGCUCGGCCAGCCAGACCAAGCUGCGCUCCCCAGGGGUGCUGUUCCUGCAGUUUGGGGACGAGACGAGGCGCGUGCACAUCACGCACGAGAUCAGCAGCAUGGACACCCUGCACGCCCUCAUCGUGCACAUGUUCCCGCAGAAGCUCACCAUGGGCAUGCUCAAGUCCCCCAACACCGCCAUCCUCAUCAAGGACGAGUCCCGCAACGUCUUCUACGAGCUGGAGGAUGUCCGAGACAUCCAGGACAGAAGCAUCAUUAAAAUCUACCGGAAAGAGCCGCUCUACGCCUCGUUCCCAGCCUCACACAUCACCAACGGCGACCUGAGGCGGGACAUGGUCUACACCUCCCGGGAAUCCUCCCCCACCCGCCGGCUCAACAACAUCUCCCCAGCCUCCCACCUGGCUUCGGGCUCCCCGCCGCCCGUGCUGCAGUCCUCGUCGCCGUCGCGCUCCCGCAUGUCCUACAGCGGCGGCCGCCCGCCCUCGUACGCCGGCAGCCCCGUGCACCACGGCGAGCGCCUGUCCAGCCUGCCCCCCGCCCAGGGCGUGUCCCCCAGCCCCAGCGCCAUCCUGGAGCGCCGCGACGUCAAACCCGACGAGGACCUGGCGGGCAAGAACGUGGUGCUGGUGAAGAACGAGGGGCUCUACGCGGACCCCUAUGGGAUGGUGCACGAGGGCCGGCUCAGCAUCACCUCCACACAGUCGCUGGCGGGCAUGGGGGACCCCUUUGGCUACUCGGGGGGGCUCUACAAGCGGGGCUCGGUGCGGUCGCUCAGCACCUACUCGGCGGCCGCGCUGCAGACGGAGCUGGAGGACAGUUUGUACAAGCCCAACGCGCCCAUCUACAGCGACACGUACGGCCCCGGGCUGGGCUUCCGCAUGCCGCCCUCGUCCCCGCAGAAGAUGGUGGAGCCCGGGCAGAGCCCGCACAGCCCCUACUCGGGCCCGCCCAGCCGCUCCUCGCCCGUCCGUCAGUCCUUCCGCAAGGAUUCCUGCUCCUCCGUCUUCAUGGACAGCCCCGUGGGCAAAACGCGCAACCCCAGCUCAUCCGGGCCCCCCGAGCUGUUCCCUGGCCCUGCAGAGCGGCCGCUCUCGGGCUUCGGAUCGCCCGGACCGGCCAAGGACACGGAGACCAGGGAGCGGAUGGAGGCCAUGGAGAAGCAGAUCGCCAGCCUGACGGGGCUGGUGCAGAGCGCGCUGCUCCGCGGCUCCGAGGCCGAGACCCCCAGUGAGAAGACAGAAGCCACCACCAACGGCGGGACCCCCCCAUCAGCGUCCACCAGCCGCAGUGGCAUGGGCACCCCGGUGCCCGCGCCGCCGCCGCCCUCGGCCACCAGCACCCCGGCGGGGCAGCCCACGGCCAUCACCCGCCUGCACAUGCAGCUGCACCUGCACGACCUGCAGCAGAACGCCAGCGACCUCCGCAACCAGCUGCAGCAGCUCAAGAAGCUGCAGCUGCAGAACCAGGAGACGGUGAAGUCGCUGCUGCGGCGGACGGAGACGGAGCUGAGCGUGCGGGUGACGGACACGAUGCGCAAGCACGAGGACCCUCUGCAGCGCCAGCGCAGCUUGGUGGAGGAGGAGCGGCUGCGCUACCUCAACGAGGAGGAGCUCAUCACCCAGCAGCUCAAUGACCUGGAGAAGUCCGUGGAGAAGAUCCAGAAGGAUCUGGCGCACAACCACCGGCUGAUCCCGGCGCAGGAGCUGGAGGAGAAGGCCGUGGUGCUCAAGCAGCUGGGGGAGACCCUGACGGACCUGAAGGCCCAGUUCCCCAGCCUGCAGAGCAAGAUGCGGGUGGUGCUGCGGGUGGAGGUGGAGGCCGUCAAGUUCCUCAAGGAGGAGCCCAACCGCCUGGACGGGCUCCUCAAGCGCUGCAAGACCAUCACCGACACGCUGGCGCAGAUCCGCAGACAAGUGGAGGAGGGUGUGUGGAGCUCGCCCAGCAGCCUGAGCCAGUCGCCCAAGAAGGUGGCCCCAGAGACGGAUUUCAGCAAAGGGCUGGAGCUGGAGAUGCCCACCAGCCCUCCCGUGAGCCUGCACCACCUGACGGGCACCCCCGAGCCCCUGGGCUUCACCCCACAGCCCCAGAGCCACCCCGGCAAGAGCAAUAACCCCUCACGGGCCCCGGAGAUGGUGCCCGCCAAGACGCAGACAGGGCCCGAGACCCCCAGCAAGAAGAGCGCGGACAAAGCCGUGUCUGUGGAGGCGGCCGAGCGGGACUGGGAGGAGAAGCGGGCGGCGCUCACCCAGUACAGCGCCAAGGACAUCAACCGGCUCCUGGAGGAGACGCAGGCCGAGCUCAUGAAGGCCAUCCCCGACCUGGAAUUCGCAGCCAAGCACAAACAAACCCCGGGCAGCGGCAGCGCCGCCUCCACGCCCGAGCACAAACCCUCCAAGCCACAGCACACCCCCAAAUCGGGGGGCAAAGGGGACCCCAACGGCCGCCGGGGCUCAGACGAGCUGACGGUGCCGCGGUACCGCACCGAGAAACCCUCCAAGUCGCCGCCGCCUCCCCCGCCCCGCCGGAGCUUCCCCUCGUCGCACGGGCUGACCACGACCCGCAGCGGAGAGGUCAUCGUCACCAGCAAGAAGGAGCCCGGCUUUAUGAAGAAGGCAGAGUCGGAGGAGCUGGAGACGCCGAAGCCGCAGGUGAAGCUGAGGCGGGCGGUGUCCGAGGUGGUCCGGCCCGCAUCCACCCCGCCCAUCAUCGCCUCGGCCGUCAAGGACGACGACGACGAGGACCGGAUCAUCGCCGAGCUGGAGGUGUUUCAGCGGAGCUCAGCCUCCCCUUUCCUCCCCGUGCCCCGCUGUGAGCCCCUCGAGGCCGUGUCCCCGGGCCACUCCGAGCCGUGGGGAGCCGCGGCGGCAGCAGAAGGAUGGAAGAGCGGCGGCGUCUCCAUCCCGGCCAUGAAGGUGGUGAAUCCGGCGUCGCGGCUGAAGCAGGGCCAGCAGGGCAGCCCCGACAAGGGCAAGCACAUCAAGCAGCGCAUGGAGUACAUGCGGAUCCAGGGCCAGCAGCAGGCCACUAGACCAUCUAAAGAGGCCAGUGAGACCUCCCCCACGGUCUCAGAAAAACCCGCAGCUGGCAGAACAUCCAUCCCCGUAUUGACUUCCUUUGGGGCCAGGAACUCCUCCAUCUCAUUCUGAGCGCCCCUGCCAGCUCCGCCCGGCCGCUCUCCUGCUCCGGGGGGCUCCUCCUCUCUUCCUCGGGCUCCUCUUCCUCCCUGGGACUUGGCUUCUCCCUGAGGCGCUCUGGAGGGAAUCCGCCACCUGUGUCCCCUCCUCUUUCUGUUUGAUCCAUGUUCUUGUCGCCUCCGCUCCGCCAAACGAACUUUUGUUGUCUCGCCUGUGCCGCGCCUCGGCCCGACCUCUGUGUCCCCUCCCGCUCCGCCAUGGCCAACCAGCCACUUUCUGUUUCUCUCUCUCUCUUUUUUUGGUUUUUCCUCCUUUUCUCCUUUUUUCCUCUCCCCUUUGGAUCGCUGUUGGUUUGGUCCCCCCCUCUCUUUUCCCCCCUUUCCCGUCCCCUCCUUUUUUGGUUUUUUUUUUUUUUUUUUGGUUUUUUUUUCUGUUUAUUUAAGAGCUCUCAGAGCUUCCCCCCACCAGCGUCCAGCCAGGAGCAGCUUCCAGCUCCCACCGGGCGGAAAACCGGGAAGCAGCGGCGGCCGAGGACGCCCCCGGAGCGAGCCCCGGA